CCGAAACAAGAGAAGGCAGGGCUUGUUUCCAGGAAGUGUGUGGCGUGACUACGGCCCUCACAUUGUCGCUAACUCAACUUUUGCUUUGUCAUUCGCACAGCUAACAUUUUAUUAAACCUUUUCUUAUUCUACAAACAUGGGUGACGAUGAAGAAAAGUAUGACGGGAUGUUGCUUGUUAUGGCGCAACAACACGAAGGAGGCGUACAAGAGUUAGUAAACACAUUUUUUAGCUUCCUCCGCCGCAAAACUGAUUUCUUCACUGGUGGCGACACAGGUGCUGCAGAGAAGUUAGUGAAGGAUGCUUUUGCCCACCACAGUAACCUGGCACUGAAAGACCGUAAAGAAAAGCAGAUGAAACAGGAGAAGCAAAAGAAAGAGAAAGCCGAAAGAGCUGCCAAGCUAGCAGAGGAAGAGAAGAAAAAGAAAAAUGAUGAUGGUCCCAGAAUUCAGGAACUGACUGAUGAAGAAGCAGAGAAACUUCAGUCCGAGCUUGACAAGAAAAAGAAAGAAGAGGAGAAAAAAGAGAACAAAACAACAAAUGUAGAAAAGUCAUCUGACACAACAGAAAAAGAGAAGGGGUCUGACUCAGAAGGAGAGGAAGAUGAGAAGGACAAAGAUAAACUGAAGCCUAACACAGGAAACGGAGCUGAUCUGCCCAACUACAAGUGGACACAGACCCUGUCUGAAGUUGAUCUGGCAGUGCCUUUUGAUGUGAAGUUCCGCAUUAAGGGGAGAGAUGUGGUAGUGGACAUCCAGCGACGCUCCAUCAAGGUCGGCCUGAAAGGACACCCUGCUGUUAUUGAAGGCCAGCUCUACAACGAGGUGAAGGUAGAGGAAAGCUCCUGGCUCAUCGACGAUGGCAAGGUGGUCACAGUGCACCUGGAGAAGGUAAGAAAAGAGUUAUGGUGGAGCAAGAUCGUUACCACAGAUCCAGAAAUCAACACCAAGAAAAUCUGUCCAGAGAACUCAAAGCUGUCAGAUCUGGACGGAGAGACGCGUGGUAUGGUAGAGAAGAUGUAUGACCAAAGGCAGAAAUCGAUGGGUCUGCCUACAUCUGAAGAGCAGAAGAAACAAGACAUUCUUAAAAAGUAUGUUUUCACUGUUACAUCGCAGCCGAAUAAUACACCUGCUCAGUUUACCUCAGGUUUUAUAAACAUGAAACUGUACAAAUCUUUUUAUUUUGUCAGCUGACAGUUGGUGUUUUAUUAGGUAACUCUU